AUGUAUGAAAACGUGUCACUGGACGUUACGAUCCAUUGGCUCGAUUGUCCACCCCAGGAAAAGCUCUUUCGCGAUGAGAUCCUGCGACGCCCCUUGUUGCAGAACUAUAUAAAGCAUCUAGCAGUAAGCCACCAGUCAUUGCACAGUCCUAUUGUCAAGUUAGCGUGUGCACUACCUUGCAUAAGCAAAUUGUCUCUGGAACGUGUACGGGAGAGCAGUGAGAGUGAACUGUCUUUGAUAGGACCGACCAAGGACCAAGCAAGAACGGCCAACUUCACCAGAAUUCAAUUCCAUAACUUGCAUGCCCGACCAGAAACCGUAAAAAGAUUUCUCGAAUGGCCUAAGGAACUUCACGAAUUUGUCGUUAAUGACAUGACCUACGACGGAUACAACUGGGCCUAUGUUGAGCCUGAUACUUCAUACCGCUGGAACCACAGACUCCUAGUUGAUGUUUUGUCCUCGCAGAAGGAUCAUCUCAGGGUCCUCGAUCUUGGCUGGCUGGGUUAUGACUACGACCAAAAUACCUUUCAAGUAUCUGCCUUCCCUAAUCUACAAAGUAUGGCAUUGUGUGUGGCCUACGAGAAACCUGACGAAAUAGCCUGUCGGAACUGGCUCACGCCCUCCUUGAACACAUUGAUCCUUGACCUACAUCAGAAUGACUCUCAGGGCGGCCCCAGUUCCUUUAAUUGUUUAUCCAAGGGUUGCGUCAAGGCCAUUGUAUCGUUUGCAAGGAUGGCAAGAGAAUGGUCCGAAACAAGUGGCAGUGUCGUGGGUUUGAGAAGAAUUGGUUUACGCGCCUACAGCAGAGGAGACACGGCAUGGCGGGAGGAUGAUGAAUUACAUUGUUUGCACGGCAAAUACGGUGAAGAAAUGAAGACGAACCUCGUGCAAUGUCUCAAGGAUAUUGAAACAGAAGGAUUUGAGGCAUUCUGGGUGUGA